AUGACGCACCGCCCUGUUCACCUACCACAUAUUACGAUUCCCGUCUUCGAUGGCACCCCUACCAACUACAACAACUUCAUCCAACUUUUCCGAUCUUUAAUUGACAACAACCAAGCUUUGAGCAACAUAGACAAGUUCAACUACCUAUCAGGGUUACUGAUCGGAGACGCGAAGGAGACCAUCAGACAUUUUUUAUUGUCUGAGGAAAACUACAAACUGGCGUUAGAAACAUUAGCGGAACGAUUCGGCUCGACAAUCGCAAUAGUCAGUUCCUUAAUCCGAGAACUACAUACGUCACAACCUAAUCAAAACUCCUUGGCCAGCAUCAAAUCCUAUGUCUUGAAAAUAGAGCAAAUCCGUCUACAGUUAAUUCAGUUAAAGAAGCCAGUAGUCGAUGAAGAAAUCAGCUUUAUCUUAUCUACCAAGCUACCCAAAUGGCUACAAAACCGACUUGUAGAACGAAGCCGUAUGAACCCUGAAUGGACAUUGGACUCUACAAUCGAGUACGUCUUACUAGUUAGAAGUCACAACUGA